AUGCUUCAAAGGAAUGAUGAGGCUUUGUACGCUGCUGAGAGGGGACGAGCACAGGCUUUACUCGAUACCUUAAAAGUGACUUAUGGCCUUACAUCACUUUCUCCCAGGUCAAUUGAAUCUGAAGAAGAAGUCAGAAAUAUUUCAAGGAAGACAACUGCUUCAACAGUUUUUCUUGCCCUGAAUAAGAACAUACUCAGUAUGUGGGUAUUGCGAAAAGAAGGCAACCAUAUCUUUGGUCAAUUGAUGUUACAAGAAACUGGAAAAGAGCACGAAGAUUCCUUUUCUCCCGUUUUAGACAUUGUUUUAAAAACCAUUGGGGCUGGCGUCGGUAUCAGGUGCGAAAAUCGGUCAAUGGAUAAGCUGAGUACAACAACUUCAACUACUCGAGACGAACAUCAAGCAUCGGAGGCAUCACAGGAGACCACCGCCUGUUUGCAGCAAUUAUAUGAUGCAGUUAUUGGUCCCAUUGAAAACUUGCUUGAUGGUGAUGAACUAAUUGUAGUUCCUGAUGGUGCUUUGUCCAAAGCUCCUUGGGCAGCCCUGAGUGAAACUUUAAGGAUCCGCAGUGUUCCCUCGCUGACAAGUUUGAAAGUCAUCACAGAUUCUCCAAGUGAAUACCACAGUAAAAGUGGAGCCCUGCUUGUUGGAGAUCCAUGCUUGAAGAAAAUUACAGAUAAAUGGGGGAACCCCAUUUAUAAGCAACUGGAGUACGCAAAAAUGGAAGUGGAGAUGAUUGGAGGAAUUCUAAAGAGUCAACCCUUAACAGGUGAAGAUGCAACCAAAGAAGCGGUACUUCAGAGAAUCAAGUCAGUAUCUUUGGUUCACAUUGCAGCCCACGGAAGGCCGGAAACCGGAGAAAUUGUUUUGGCCCCAGACCCCCGAUGCGAAUCCCACACUCCUAAGGAGGAGGACUGCAUUAUGAAAAUGUCUGACAUACAAGCUGUUAAGCUGAGACCCCCGAUGGGAAUCCCACACUCCUAAGGAGGAGGACUGCAUUAUGAAAAUGUCUGACAUACAAGCUGUUAAGCUGAGAGCGAGACUGGUUGUGCUAAGUUGCUGCCACAGUGGUCAAGGAGAGGUCUCGUCUGAGGAUGUGGUCGGUAUGGCACGUGCUUUCUUGUUUGCUGGUGCUCGUUCCGUGCUGGCGACACUCUGGGCAAUU